AUGGAGUACUUAACUAAUGAAAAACUCCUUAAAUAAUAACAAUCUGCUCUAUUUUCCAUCAACAAUUCUCGAUCUAAUAGUGUUUCACGAUUUCCUAUUCCCAGUUAAAGAGCUGCUCAUGAUCCAAUCUAACCUCUAAGAUCUGCAGAUUUAUUUAAUAAAUUGGAGGACAUAUUGAAAUAAAAGUAAUUAAAUACAACAACCAGAAAGAGAUAAAAAUAAAUUUCAUGUAUUUUAAAUACAUAAGUUUGUAAUGAUGAAAAAAAAUACAAUAUAGAAACUAGUUUAAAUAAAUCACCUAUUAAAUUACCUUCAAAUGAUUACUUUGAUGUAAUAUCUGUAAUUUUUAUUAUAGAAUAAUAUUGAAGUCAGAAAUAGAAGAUAAAUUUAGCCUAUUGGAUCUCCUCCAGUUCACUAAUAAAAUUAAAGUAGCAAAAAGAAAAAUACUAUUUAAAAUCAUUUUUAAGAAAGUUAAAAUUAAAAAAAAAAGGAAAGUCUUAAAAGGUUUUAAGAUGAAUUUAAAAAUAUGCAAGAAAAAAUUAAAUAUAGGAAUAAUUUAGAUAAUAUUUAUUACUCAAAUCAGUCAAUAUUAUAAGAGGAUAACAAUAAAAAUUAUAUUAAAGAAAAAAAAAUUGAUCUAAACAUUAGUACAGGAAAGGAAAACAACACUACAUUGAAUAAGUUAAAUAAUUAAUUAUAGAUUCAAAAUAAUCAUUUAUAAGAAUAGUUACUCUUUGAAUAAAAUUAAAAUAAUAAAUUAAACAUUCUAGUAAAUAACUUAAAUGAUCAAAUAAGUGCUUUGAAUAGGUAAUUUUUAUUAUAUUAUAUAAAAGGUAAAUUCAUUAAUAAUAAAAAUCAAUCAAAGAUGAUUUCUUAAUAAAGGAAAAUAUAAUAAUAUAAUUAAAUUCAAAAAUAGAUUAGUUAUAAGUUGAAAUCUAAUAAAAAGAUUAAGAGAUUUAAAAUUCUAAGGAAUAGAUUUUAGAAUUCAAGAAUCUUUAUAAAGAAAUAUAAGACUUAGAAAAUCUUUGUUCUUCCAUGUCUUUCAUAGGUUAAUAAAGUCUUGAACAUAAUCAUUUAAUUCUUGAGAUAAAAGACUUAUUAUAAGUAUAGAACAAUAUAAUAGAAAAAGUAACAAACAACAUAGAUUUUCCAAUAGAAUAACUAAUAAUUUAGAAGAAAUAGAAAAAAUUGAAUUUACAAGAAGUGUAAGUAGAUUAUUAAGAAUUAUGCCAAGAAACUACUAGAAUCUUAGAGAAUUUAAUUAAAUAAAUAAAAUAUUCUGUUGAACAAUUAACUGAGAGAUUUAUUCAUGACUUACUUAUUUGA